AUGUCUUCUUCUCCUUAUCUAAGCUAAGAGCUUAAGGAUUACAUGAAAUAAAAUAAUAUCGAGGAAACUUUGUCAAAGAUCGUUAAUCAGCUUCUUCGUGGAAAGUACUCCGACCCUUACGCAUUUAUGAUGAACGAAUUUGGAAAGCUUGCAAAAAAUGAUAUCACUAUUCUCUCAGUUGUCCCAUACCAGACAUUAAAUAUAAAUAGUUUACCUUCAAUAAAAUUAUAAUACACAGUAGAGUAUAAGUAAAAAGAAUACAAAAUAGAAACAUCUUUUUAGUUUGGCUAAGCUUCAGAAACAGUAGUACCUUUAUAUGACAACAUAAAUGAAGUAGAUAGUGGAAAAGGUGUUAGUAAUGCUUUAGAAUUUAUUAAAAGUAAGAUAAACCCAAUUUUGAAUAAGAAAAGUGCCAGAGAUUAAAAAUAAAUAGAUGAAUAAUUAACAUAGCUAUAUGAAGCUAAUGAAAAAAAAGGUAUCAAUGCUAUUCAAACAGUCUCUUAUAGUUUAAAUUAGGUUAUUGCUUAAAUAGAAAAAAUUUAACCUUAUGAAGUUAUAAGAUAAUUAAGUGGGUUUGAAGGUGAAUUCUAGCACCCUAAAAUUAUGGUUAAUCUUUUAUAAGGAAGCAAAUUAGUUGGAGUUAAAUGUAAGAUUUACAAGUUCUUACUUAUUGUAGAUAAAUACGAAAAUGGAAAAUAGUUACUUGAUAUAGUUAGUCAGAUUACAGGUAAUAUUAAGAAGACUAUAACUAGUGGUAAAUUGGGAGAAGCUGCCUUGAAGUAUCACACUGAUGGAACUUUUAUUGUAACUGUAGAUUCAAUAAAUGACAAUAUGAAGAUGAUAGAAGAGGCAAUUAAUAAAACUCCAUACAAAGAUAAUGUCUAUGUUGGUUUGAAUCUUAUGGCAGAUAACCUCUACCUUCCAGAUAAAAAAUUAUAUGAGUUAGAAAAUCCAAAGCAACUCAUGGAUCCUACUUAACUAGCUGACUUUUUGUUAAAGUUGUGCACUGAUAAGCCAAUAAUAAAGUAUAUUUAAGAUCCUAUAAAGAACGAUGAUUUAGAAGGGUGGAGUAAGUUUAUGGCUAAGUUUUAAGGAAAAAAUAUCUAGAUUGCCAGUAGCUUUUUAUACUCAACAAUCAAUAGGAUUAAAGAAGCUAGUAUAGAGUCUGAUAAAGAUUCUAAUCCAUAAAUGUCUGAAAAUGAAAUAAAUUCAGCAAAUGCUAAAAAAUUUGACCUGCAUUGUGCUCACUAUAGACCAUUUGAAUAUCCGACACUCAGCAACUUCUUAGAAAUAGCCAAAAUGUCUCUUAACAAAAAAAAUAGUACUGCAGUUAUCAUUUAAGAAAAUUUAGAAGAAUUCACUGACACCACUAUAGUAGAUUUGGCUUUUGGGUUGAAGAAUUGUUGGUUGAAUCUAGUGUCUCCUUUUAAGUUAGAGAGACUAUUAAAAUAUAAUAGGAUUAUCGAAAUUUUAGAAUUAGAAAAAAUAAAGCAUGAUUCUAGUUGA